AUGGGGUCUAUAGGGAGUUCACAUCAUGAAGCCAUGGAGAAAUGGCACCUCUUGAGAAAUUUGGCUACACAAAUUGAGAGAGUUUUUGUGAAAAGAACAGCAAAAGAGGUGGAGCAUAAUCGAUUUAGAUUGAAGGCUACAAUAAAGGGUGUGAGACUUCUAGCAAACCAAGGACAAGCUUUUAGGGGCCAUGAUGAAUCUGAAAGCUCUCUUAAUGAUGGAAAUUUUAAGCAAGUUAGAAAGUCUUAUGAAAGAAUGGCUAGUGAUGAUGAUAGGGUUAUAUUGCAGAAUUCUCCUAGAAAUGCUAAGUACAUCUCUCUAUCUAUUCAAAAGCAGCUCUUAAAUAUUCUUGGUAAUAGAGUGAGGCAAAUGAUUCGUGAAGAAGUUGAUGAUGCGAAGUUUUGCAUUCUUGUUAAUGUAGCUGACAAGGAACAAAUGUUUAUAAUUUUGAGGUUUGUUGACCGUCAUAGCUUCAUCCAAGAACGGUUCCUUAAGAUAGUGAGUGUUUCUGACACAACCUCAUUAACUCUUAAAUUGGAGAUAGUUAAAGUUCUCAGUAUGUUCAAUCUACAAGUGGAAAAUAUGCGUGGUCAAGGGUAUGACAGAGCUAGUAACAUGAGUGGUAUUUGGAAUGGCUUACAUGCAUUGUUUCUUGAAGAUUGUCCCUAUGCGUACUAUCUUCAUUGUUUUGCUCACCGUUUGCAGCUAGCUCUAAAUGGUGCGGCUAAGGGUGUUCAUGAUACAUAUCGCUUCUUUUCUACUCUAUUACUUGUUGUGAAUUUUAUGGAUUCAUCUGCUAAGCGCAAAGGUGCCCUAAAAGCUGCUAGAGAGGAUGAAAUCCUAAAUUUGAUAGCUCUUGGCAAUCUUCAAACAGUUGAAUGUGCUGAAAGAGAAGCUUUGGAAAUAAUCAUCGGUGGUGGUGGCGGCAGCUACAGCCCCCCUGCUCCCUCCCCCGAAUACGCUCCCUCCCCCGAAUACGCUCCCUCCCCUGAAUACCCACCACCACCGCCGCCGCCACGUCCACCACCACUACCUCCGUCCCCACCACCACCACUACCGCCACGACCACCCGCUCCGGCACCACCGAACGAGAGACUUGCAAUUGCCCUCAGGGUAAUUAAAAGGUUCCAAAAGCUCAUCGGGGUGGAUCCAGAUAACAUCACAGGCACAUGGAAUGGCGAUAAUCCUUGCAAAUUCACAGGCUUUAUCUGUGGUGUUGUCCCUGUCUAUAACCAAAACGCAGUCGCCGGAGUUAACUUCAACGGCAGAAAGUUGGCUGGCAAAUGGGGCGGCAAAGAAACAAAGCUACCCCUUGACGGUUUCCUAGACCAGCUACCAGACCUAGUGUUUUUCCAUGCCAACUCCAACAAUUUCACAGGCCAAGUUCCGAUUGGUACAUCCAGACUUCCAUACUUCUACGAGCUCGACCUCAGUAACAACAAGCUAGAUGGAGGGUUUCCCUAUGAAGUUCUAAGUGCCCCAAACUUGACAUUCUUGGAUCUCCGGUUCAAUAAUUACCAAGGUUCAGUUCCAAGCCAAGUGUUCCUCUACAAAGACAUUGAUGUAGUCUUCCUCAACAACAACAACUUCAAUGAGAAGAUUCCUGAUGCUAUUGGCUCCUCAACAGCACAUUAUCUCACUUUUGCCAACAACAAGUUCUGGGGUCCGAUCCCAAGAACCAUCGGCAAAGCAAGUAAAACUCUUUUUGAGGUCCUCUUCCUCAAUAACAGACUCUCAGGGUGUUUGCCAAUGGAAAUCGGAAAACUUAACCAGGCAACGUUGUUCGAUGUGAGCUACAACCAGUUAACAGGGCCAAUUCCGCAGUCGUUUGCUUGCUUGACCAAGAUGGAGAUUCUGGUCUUGGACAACAACCAGUUCUAUGGAGCAGUGCCUGAGUUGGUAUGCAAGCUGCCCAGCUUGAUGAACUUGUCAUUGGCAAACAACUACUUCACCCAAGUCGGACCGGCGUGCAGGAAACUGAUCAAGAAAGGGUUUCUCCAUGUCGACAACAACUGUAUCUUGGACCUCAAAUACCAAAGACCAAAGAGUGAAUGUGCUUCGUUCUUCUCUAAGCCUAGAUACUGUCCCAACGAGCGGUCCUUGCUUUACAUUCCUUGUAAAGGGAAAUAUUCAGGUGAGAAUUCGAAGAAGCUUGAACAUGGAGGACAAGCUUCUGCCCCAUUAAGUUAUGGUACUCUUAGACCACAUAAUCCUUGAUUUGAUUUCAUGCUCUUAGGGGACUCAUCAAAGAAGAAUCACCGAUGGGUUUUCAUCACCGAAGAAUCACCAUAUAUGUUUUAUGUUUUACUUGUUAAUGUUUAUAUCUUCGAUCAUAACUUAUGGAGCAAUGUAACCUGAUUUGUAGUACCAAUUAAGGUGCACAUUUAUAGAAUAAUGAUGAGGUUUUCAUUCGUUCUAU